AUGUCCAACACCCUUCGUCCUUAUUUGGCCUGUGUCCGGGCAACGCUCACGGCGGCCCUCACGCUCGAAGACUUUGCCUGUCAAGUCGUUGAACGUCAUAAUCGACCUGAAGUAGAAGCUGGAAAAACACCCGAGGUUUUGCUCACACCAAUGACUAUAUCACGUACACCUUCGGAAUACGUGUUGAUUGAACCAUCAAUAAACUCUGUUAGGCUGAGCAUCAAGAUCAAACAAGCUGAUGACAUUGAACAUAUUCUCGCGCGAGGGGUGACGAGAUUUUUGAGCCUUAGAGCAGAAAACUUUGUCAUCUUGAGACGGAAACCGGUUAAGGGUUUCGACAUCAGCUUCUUGAUCACUAGUCAUAAUCUCGAGUCGAUGAUCCGCGCAAAAUUAGUCGACUUUAUCAUCCAAUUCAUGGAAGAUGUUGAUCGUGAGAUCAGUGAGAUGAAACUCAGUCUCAAUGCACGUGCUCGGAUAGUAGCAGAAUCUUAUCUAGGACAGUUUGUAUAA